CAGGGAGAAAUCUCGGAGAGAUGCAGUUGAUCCCGAAGGUAGACUCUCCCCCACUCCAAGAACACCCUGGAGGAUCAGCUCACCUGGACCAGAGAGGCUCGUCCCAUGCAAGAAUCAAGCGGUGUACGUGUUACUCCUACAAGGACAAGGAGUGCGUCUACUACUGCCAUCUGGAUAUCAUUUGGAUAAAUACGCCAGAGCGCACAGUGCCCUAUGGUAUGUCCAACUACCGGGGAUCCCAGCGAAUUAAACGCUCCAGUAGAUGUUUGGGUUCUUGCAUGAGAAGGGAGGAAUUGCAGCGGUGUGUGUGCGCAGACCAAUGGGAUCAGCAGUGUGCAGGCUUCUGUCUAAGGUCCCAGACAUCUACAGGCCGGACACCAAGAGAACAGGGCCCAGGAUAGACCUCUGUAAGCCUGGGCAAUCCUAUAUCGGAUACCAUGAAAGACUGCAUUCCAAUCCCCUGCCAUAAACUGAUGUGUAGUUAUGACAUAGGCUUAAUACAGAGACAUGAAGGAACAUUUUCUGGGAAAUCCAGCUGCGUUAGUUGAAAUUGUGGACACCCUGCUAGGGAUUUAUGAGUUUCAGAGGACAAACUACCCAUAGCACAUGGAAGCAUGGAAAGGCAUGAAAAGCAAUCCAAGUCAUCCCAGACGAAGUCAUCCAAGGCAAAUGAUCAAAGUAUAAGACCCACUACAGACCGAAUCGCUUGCUUUCAUGGAAAUGAGAAAAUCAUCCAAUUUAAGUAAAAGACUGGCUAAUGCCAACAUGUUUAUUACAACCAUCCUCUCAACAUGUGCACUCUACAAGGCACAAGACACAUCAUCGCUAAGACUUCAAUAAAAGAUCUGAAUAUGAGCAACUGAAAUUCUCCAAGAUGACCGAGAGAUUGCCUUACACAUAAGACAAAUGCCAAUCAUUCUUCAUUUGUGGCUAUUUGUGUCCGUGACACGCUUGCUCAACUACAAGAGAGAUGUCUCAUAACCUUUAUUAAUAUAACACAUAGUAUAUGUAAAUAUGCCGUAUAUACAUAAAGAUGACAGACUUUGUGUUUUCAUAUGAUGAAAGUAGCCUGUGUGCGCUUUCAUGAUGUAACAGAUCUUUUUUUCAACAAAUUCAAUGACUGUCAGCAGUGACUGACUUUCAGCUCAACUGAAAACAGCUCCUAAUGGCCACUACACUCUCUUCCUGGACUGUGCAGCAAUCCUUAUUAAAGGUGAUCUAAGCAAUCUUACUUUUUCUAAGCUAAAACAUUUUUUGUCACAUACAGCAAACAUCUGCUGUCUGACACUGUUUAAAAAAUGC